GGAAAUCGAAGCACCUUCCGGAACUAGAGAAGGGACGCGAGGGGAAAUUUGAAACUUGAAACUUGGUCUGCGGCACAGGAAGUGGGGAGACGAGGUGGAGAUGCUUGAGCACGAAUCUACGAGUGUGGCGCACUUUUGGCGCCAAACUUGGUUAAGGGAUGAAUGUGCUCAAAUGUUGGCGCUGGCAAUCCGAGCAGCUUAUCGAUCACCGCCUCAGUGGCGAUGUGGGAGGAGGAAAGACGAAUUUGGCGCGUAUGGUGUAGAUUGCAUCGAUUGGGGAAGAGGCGAGACGAAUCGAGUCGACUGAUAGAGGCAGAGACGCAGUGCGUAGGAGUUCGUCGAAUGACUGCCGUUUCUGUGAUUCGGGUUUGAAUCUCGGACGGAAGUAGUGCAGGGAUGGAUCCUAGUGUUCUUACCAUGUUGCGAGGUAGCCAGUGUGAGUCUGUCCCCUUCGAGCACGAUUUGCAGGGUUUACAUCUGAGUAAAUCUCUGGUGCAGACGUGCACAACAUUUCUGGCUUUCAUGGUGGACACCCAAGAUUAUCUGAGUCAAAUGAAGAACACGUAUGUGAAGGAACUGUGGCCCAAAAUUUGUGCCGAAUUGAUGGAUUCCCGAAGCAGAGUGAUCGAGCUCGAGAGGCAGCGUGCGGAAGAAAACAAGGAGAAAGAAGACAGUCAGCGAUGUUUUAUGCAAGAGCUCGAGAGGCUUCGUAUGUCCAGAGAGGACGAAAGGAGUCGUCUGGUAGCAGAAAUUGAUCGCUUGCGACUUGUCAAUGAGGACAUGUGUGAAAUAAGGACAAAGCUUCAGAGAGAUUUCGAAGGAGAAUCGCCGAAACUCUGUAUAAAAUUCGAGGUCUUGUGCAAUGAACUUGAGAAGCAAAACGUGGUGCUGCAACAAAGAAUUGAGGCGUCUGACAAGUCGAACAUCGAGCUCAUCUCUUGCAACGAAGACCUAAAGAAGGAACUUCAGAAUCUGGCUGACGAAGUUGAUCAACUGAAAAAAUCUGCAGAACUCGCAUCUCUGAAGAGGCAACUCCGACAAAAGCAACGGUUGCUGGACGAGGGCUCUGAGGAUCGCUAUCGAAGGGAAAGGCGAUUAUCUUUGAGUAAGCAGCGAACCUCUCAGACGAAAUGCGGCAGUCUCCUCGGACCCUGGAAAGGAGAACAGGGGGUGGCAGGCGGCAGCAACUCUGACGAGCAGCUUAAGUGCAGCGAACAUGUGAUUCAAUCUUUCCCCAACAAGCAAGACUCUAAAAAUCAGGACACUGUUCUUUCAGUUGAGAAGUCUUUUGCCUCGGAUUCGACUGGUUCAAGAGACUGUGCACCGGGAGAUAAUGUGGUCAAUGCUGAAGCCAACGGAGCAGCCCAAGAUCAGGUGCGACAAGUCUCAAUCGAUUCGGGUAACGAAUCUGAAGAGAUUCCUCACCGGCUGAAAAGCGAAAAGAAUCUGGAGAGGGAAGCAGCUAGCCGCCAGCCUUCAACCGAUGUAAUUUCCGUCAUUUCCAGAGCAGCUCAGUGUAAUGCGAAGGAUAGAAGACAGGGCAGCCUUGAGCCUGACAAGACUAGCAAGGGAGGGAGCCUGACACUUGCCGAGGGAAAGCAGCCGAGUAUCUCUUCUCUUCCAUUUGUAGCAGUUAAAGCCGAAGUGUCUGCAACACCCAGUGAACACCUGGAGCCGAUUUCAGGGCCAGUGACAGAUGCGAAACAGUCACACGCUUCACUUAUGGGGCAACAUGAAACUCUGGGGCAGGCAAGCGUGUUCAGGGCCAAUGGACAACGGGGAUCUUCGGCAUGUUCCAAACAAAGCGUAUCAGAAGGUAGGGGACUGAACCAGCGACCGGAACAGUCGGUGUGUCAAGUUAGCAAAAACUCUUUAGAACAAAGAUCCGCUACCAGUACUCAAAAGGCGAUGGGGAUCAAAUGCAAGGAGCGCAAGUGGAGGCAGACAAGGUCGCGAACUGAGGCAGGAGAUGUCGAACUUCACGAUAGUUUCUUAAAUACACCGAUGGAACUUGCUAUAGCCAACCUCCAAGCUCGCGGGCAACGUAGCGCGAUUUUGCAUGAGGACACGCGGAGAUCCACAUCAACUAAAGCUCCCCGGAAAAAUAAGCGAGCAACUUCUACCACAUCGAGCACAAGUAGAGCACGCGAAGAAGCAGAGCUGGCAACUCCGUAUGACUGGACUGAUGGCUCCGAGUUUCAAGAGAAGCAUUUCGUUUCCUCCAAAUCUGCCGCAGCAAAGUCUGUUGGUGCAACCGAAGGAGCAGAAAAUAUGGAGAAGAUGUCUCGGCAGUCCGGCGCACGCCCAGCCUCGUUAGACAAGGAAAAGCAGGUGCCAAAUUCUAAGGCUCCCAAGUACAAAUUCAAUGAGCCAGUGCGCAAGAAAAGAGACAGGGAACAAUUAGAAGCGACUGAUUGCAAUCAGUGUAGAAAAUUCUACGACGCUGUGCUAGCUGAGGACGCGGAGGGUGUGUCCAUGGAUCGCUGCGAACAUCACGAUGCGGUCUCGCGUCACCGGUUCAAGUUUCUUCCACCUGGAACCCCAGCCGGGUUUUGGAAUAUAGGUUUUGACUCUGAGCUGUAAGAGACCACGCAGCACACUCCACACAGCUACAAGCUGCAAAUGUACUCCUGUCUUGACGUACGUCUCGAGCAUCUUUUGCUGCUCAGAAUACAUUCACAUUCUCA